GGUUUUCCUAACCUAAAAAAAUGUUUGCCAUUGGAUGCUGCACACAAACAUACUAAAAACUGAUAAUUGUAUUGUAAGUACGAGUUGGUUGUAAGGAUGUUGGAAAAUACGAGAGAUGAAAGCUUUACAUUGCAAUUAGAUGAAGUGACAGAAAAAUACCUUACUAUUUACUUGUAUAAAGAUGUACAGAACAUAGAAGAGAUACACAAAAAAAUUAUAAGCAAAGAACUGCCUUGUUGCAUUGUGAAAGCAAAUUUAGUGCUGGAUCCUUUUCAACUUGUCAUUGCUGCAAAUAAAGCAGCGUUAAAUGAAAAGUACAAACAAAUGGUUACAAGAAGUUUGUUCACCGAAGUGAUUUAUUGUUUGUCCACGUCAAAAAAUAUUUCGCAAUCAUUAACAACAUUCGGAAUAUCUGAUGACACCACAAAUAUUUUAGUUAUUUUAAUCCACAAAGCCGAGGGAAAAGAAAUUCAAGAAAAGCUUGUUUUUGACAGCAUUAGCGGUGAAAGAAUACCAAUAUCAAAACUUUCUCAAUUCACAGAUGUGAACUUAAUAAAAAGUACUUACAAAAUAGACAAAGAUGAAUCAAAAGUUUCGAGUCUCUUAGAUUCAAUUGUAAGUAGGAUAAGUGACAAGGUUUCAAAAUGAUAAAAGUUAAUGAACACUGGAAUGGAAGUUGUGAAAGGUUUUGUAUAAAUAAAAUCAAUGUCAAAUUGAAAA